GUGGCGCGAAAACCUUUCAGUGUGUAGUUUGAGGGCAGCACAGUACACAUCGUACCGACCUCCGUGCAGAAUUACAAGAUUUUGAAGUAAUAUAAAUAAUUGUUAAAAAUGUCAACCGACGUCGUAGACGACCGGGAGAUGAGAGAGGCUCAGAGGGAUUACCUGGACUUCCUGGACGACGAUCAAGACCAGGGGGUUUACCAAAGCAAAGUCCGGGACAUGAUCAGCGAGAAUAAAGCUCGACUCAUCGUCAACAUCAACGACCUGAGGAGACGCAACGAGGCCCGGGCUGCAAAGCUUAUGAACAACGCCUUUGAGGAGCUGCUGGCCUUCCAGCGGGCUCUGAAGGACCUGGUGGCCUCGGUGGACGGCACCUACGCCAAGCAGUACGAGGAGUUCUUCAUCGCCCUGGAGGGCAGCUUCGGUAACAAGCACGUCACCCCCCGAACCCUGACCUCCCGCCUGCUGGGCAGCAUGGUGUGUGUGGAAGGCAUCAUCACCAAAUGUUCUCUGGUGCGUCCUAAAGUAGUGCGCAGCGUCCACUACUGCCCGGCAACCAAGAAGACGAUGGAGAGGAAGUACACAGACAUGACCUCGCUGGACGCCUUCCCUUCCAGCGCCAUCUACCCCACCAAGGAUGAGGAGAACAACCCUCUGGAGACAGAGUUCGGUCUCUCUGUCUACAAAGACCACCAGACCAUCACAGUGCAGGAGAUGCCAGAGAAAGCCCCCGCCGGCCAGCUGCCACGCUCCGUGGACAUCAUCCUGGACAACGACCUGGUGGACUUGGUCAAACCUGGAGACAGAGUUCAGGUGGUGGGGACGUACCGCUGCCUGCCGGGCAAGAAGGGGGGAUUCACCUCCGGCACAUUCAGGACCAUCAUGAUAGCCUGCCACGUCAAACAGAUGAGCAAGGAAGUGUCCCCCAACUUCUCUGCGGGGGAUGUCGCCAAGAUCAGGAACUUCAGCCGGGCUGGAAAAAUGGAUGUGUUUGAUCAGCUGUCUCGCUCCCUGGCUCCCAGUAUCCACGGCCACGAGUACAUAAAGAAGGCCAUCCUCUGCAUGCUGCUGGGCGGCGUGGAGAAGGUUCUGGAGAACGGCUCACGCAUCAGAGGAGACAUCAACAUCCUGCUCAUCGGUACCACCGUUUUCUUUAGCUAA